GCCUCCCCGGCCGUGGACGCGGAAUUUUUCAAGCAGCUGCUGGAACUCCGCAAGCUGUUCUUCCCAAAGCUGGUGAGCGCCGAGCUGGGCUUGCUGUGCCUCCACUCGGUCGCCCUGGUUUCCAGGACUUUCCUCUCCAUCUAUGUGGCUGCCCUCGACGGGAAGAUCGUGAAAAGCAUCGUGGAAAAAAAGCCCCGGAGCUUCCUCACCGAAGACAUCAUGAUGUUCUCGCAGUCUGUGGCACAUCUCUACUCCAACCUAACCAAGCCCAUCCUGGACGUCAUGCUCACCUCCUACACCCUCAUCCGCACGGCGCGAUCCCGGGGCGCCAACCCCAUCGGGCCCACGGUCCUGGCCGGGCUUGUCGUCUACGCAACGGCACGCGUGCUCAAAGCCUGCUCGCCCAAGUUUGGCAAGCUGGUGGCUGAGGAGGCUCACAAGAAGGGCUACCUGCGCUUCAUGCAUUCACGCAUCAUUGCCAACGUGGAAGAGAUCGCCUUUUACCGAGGGCACAAGGUAGAAAUGAAGCAACUGCAAAAAAGCUACAAGGCUUUGGCAGAUCAGAUGAAUCUCAUUUUGUCCAAACGUUUAUGGUACAUCAUGAUAGAGCAGUUCCUGAUGAAGUAUGUCUGGAGUAGCUGUGGUAUGAUUAUGGUUGCUGUGCCCAUCAUCACCGCAACAGGAUUUGCAGAUGGCGAAUUGGAAGAUGGCCAGAAACAAGCAAUGGUUAGUGAAAGAACAGAAGCUUUUACUACAUCACGAAACUUGCUGAUCUCUGGAGCAGAUGCUAUUGAAAGGAUUAUGUCUUCAUACAAAGAGGUUACUGAGCUCGCAGGCUACACCGCCCGUGUCUACAACAUGUUUUCAGUCUUUGAUGAGGUGAAGAGAGGCAUCUACAAAAGAACUGCUGUCACUCAAGUGUCUGAAAACAAUAGCAAGAAUGGAGGUAAAGCAGAAUUCCACAUCGGUGGGCCCUUAGAAAUCAAAGGGAAAGUUAUUGAUGUUGAUAAUGGAAUUAUUUGUGAAAAUGUUCCUAUUAUUACUCCGAAUGGCGAUGUGGUGGUUUCCAGACUAAACUUCCAAGUCCAGGAGGGGAUGAAUCUUUUAAUCACUGGACCCAAUGGCUGUGGAAAGAGUUCGCUCUUCAGAAUUUUAAGUGGUUUAUGGCCUGUGUAUGAAGGAGUUCUCUACAAACCCCCUCCGCAGCACAUGUUUUAUAUACCGCAAAGGCCCUACAUGUCUAUUGGAACGCUGCGUGAUCAAGUAAUCUAUCCAGACUCAGUGGAUGACAUGCACGAGAAGGGCUACCAAGAUCAAGAUCUGGAGUCCAUCCUGCAUACGGUUCAUCUGUACCAUAUAGUUCAAAGAGAAGGAG